AUGGAUUCAGUGCGUUGGAGUGCUACUAUUGACCACUUCUUAACAGAUAUGCGUUGUAAACAAUCCAAUAAUUUGAAUAAACUUAAAGUAUUUCACCGUGUGCAUGUCAAUAAACAAGGGGAAUUCGUUGGCCCGUUAGUCAAAGAACAAUAUAAUUCUUUAUUUGCUGAGGUUGCUUUACAAACUCAGCACAUAGCCGACUCCGGUGGUGAUCCGAACUCCAUUGAUUGGAUAACCUUAUUUGAAAAGGUGUUAGGUGCUCGUAGGGGACAUAAUGCUUUAGUUGCUGAGGUUGCUUUACAAACUCAGCACAUAGCCGACUCCGGUGGUGAUCCGAACUCCAUUGAUUGGAUAGCCUUAUUUGAAAAUGUGUUAGGUGCUCGAAGGGGAAAUGUGAGAGGCAUCAGGCCUAAGCUUUCCGUAGCGGGUACAAGUGCUCCCUCUCAGUGGCAGUCACAGUCACAAACACCGCAACCAACACCGGAUGUGGAUGUUAACGCUUUUCUCUAA